GGUGGAUCCGGCGCACUGCCCUCCCCCCGAGCGCCGGCGGCGGGCGCUGAAUGAGAGACGCCGACUGCUCGGCCGGGCGAGCGCUGCCUCGGAGCCGCGGGCGACGCGGAGGCGACGGCCCCGGCGGCCCAGGAGUGCCGCAGUGCCACAGUUCAUAACUUGCAAACUGUAAAGCCUGUCUCACCCAGAUAUGAUUGCUCGGGCUGUAGCAUCACAAAUAUAGGAUAAUGUAUUUGUGGCCUUGGACAUGAAGUAAUCAGACUCUGUUGCUGUUAAUGUAGGACCAGGGACUGGUGAGGGAAGCAUGGACCUAAUGAACGGGCAGGCAAGCAGUGUUAAUAUCGCAGCCACUGUUUCCGAGCCCAGACCCAUCUGCCUAGCAAUGGUGCCUCCCUAGUGGCUGGAUCCUCCCUCAUCAAUCAGCAGUGAAGAAAAUGUUCUACAGACACGACUACAGAAAAGUAGCAGCUCUGAGUCGUUAAGUGAGAAGGGUUCCGAACUGAAGAAAAGCUUUGAUGCUGUGGUAUUCGACGUUCUUAAGGUUACGCCAGAAGAAUACGCGGGUCAGAUCACGUUAAUGGAUGUUCCAGUGUUUAAAGCUAUUCAGCCAGAUGAGCUUUCAAGCUGUGGCUGGAAUAAAAAAGAAAAGUACAGUUCUGCACCAAAUGCAGUUGCUUUCACAAGAAGAUUUAAUCAUGUAAGCUUUUGGGUUGUUCGAGAGAUUCUCCAUGCUCAGACCUUGAAGAUAAGAGCAGAAGUUUUGAGCCACUAUAUUAAAACUGCUAAGAAACUAUAUGAACUUAAUAAUCUUCAUGCACUUAUGGCUGUGGUUUCCGGCUUACAGAGUGCACCAAUUUUCCGGUUGACCAAGACGUGGGCGUUAUUAAGUCGAAAAGACAAAACUACUUUUGAAAAAUUAGAAUAUGUAAUGAGUAAAGAAGAUAACUACAAAAGACUCAGAGACUAUAUAAGUAGCUUAAAGAUGACACCUUGCAUUCCCUAUUUAGGUAUCUAUUUGUCAGACCUGACUUACAUUGACUCGGCAUACCCAUCCACGGGCAGCAUUCUAGAAAAUGAGCAAAGAUCAAAUUUGAUGAAUAACAUUCUUCGAAUAAUUUCUGAUUUACAGCAGUCCUGUGAAUAUGAUAUUCCCAUGUUGCCUCAUGUCCAAAAAUACCUGAACUCUGUUCAGUAUAUAGAAGAACUACAAAAGUUUGUGGAAGACGAUAAUUACAAACUCUCGUUAAAAAUAGAACCGGGGGCAAGUACGCCACGCUCAGCUGCUUCCAGGGAAGACCUGGCAGGACCUGACGUAGGAGCCUCUCCACAGAGCGGGAGGAAGAGCAGUGGUGCCGAGGGAGCCUUGCUGCCACAGACACCCCCGUCUCCUCGGAACCUCAUUCCACAUGGACACAGGAAGUGCCAUAGCUUGGGUUACAACUUUAUCCAUAAGAUGAACACAGCAGAAUUUAAGAGCGCGACCUUCCCAAACGCAGGGCCGCGGCACCUGCUGGACGACAGCGUUAUGGAGCCCCACGCACCAUCCCGAGGCCAAGCGGAGAGCUCUACGCUUUCCAGUGGGAUAUCCAUAGGGAGUAGUGAUGGUUCUGAACUAAGUGAAGAGACCUCGUGGCCAGCUUUUGAAAGGAACAGAUUAUACCAUUCUCUCGGCCCGGUGACAAGAGUGCCCCGAAAUGGCUAUCGAAGCCACACGAAGGCCAGCAGUUCUGCGGAGUCAGAAGACUUGGCAGUGCACUUGUUCCCCGGGGCUGUUACUGUCCAAGGCGUCCUCAGAAGGAAAACCUUGCUGAAAGAAGGCAAAAAACCCACAGUGGCAUCUUGGACAAAGUAUUGGGCAGCCUUGUGCGGAACACAGCUUUUUUACUAUGCUGCCAAAUCUCUGAAGGCUACAGAAAGAAAGCAUUUCAAAUCAACGUCAAAUAAGAAUGUGUCUGUGGUGGGAUGGAUGGUAAUGAUGGCUGAUGAUCCAGAGCAUCCAGACCUCUUUCUGCUGACUGACUCCGAGAAAGGAAAUUCAUACAAGUUUCAAGCUGGCAGCAGGAUGAAUGCAAUGCUGUGGUUUAAGCAUUUGAGUGCGGCCUGCCAGAGUAACAAGCAACAGGUUCCUACAAACUUGAUGACUUUUGAGUAAAAGCCUGAGAAAGAAGAGGUAUACCAUUGUUCCCACAUGGAGCAAGGACUUGCCGAGAGCCCCAGCUGCACCAUCCCGUGCCAGGAAGAGCCCCCAGGCUCAGCCCAGCCUCCGGAGCUCAGAACCAAAAGCACUAAUUUCAGGGAAUAAAGUGAGAUAUUCCCAGAGAACAAAUUGGAGUUGCAAAACAAACUGCCAUGAACUAUGCUUCUUAUCUCCAAACUGACCUGUGGAAACCACUGCCUUAACAGAGUGAGAGGAAAACCAACACCAAAUAGUGUGUGUGAAUCUUCUGGCGGUGCUGUGCUUGGAAUAAAUUGUAGCUAAUUUGCAUUUCUUUUAACUUUGUACUAAUUUUGGAGGGGAAACCAUCUUUUUUAGAUACACUUUAAAAAGGAAAAACAUUUCUUAUGGAUUCCAUCAGGAGCUGUUUUAGAUGCGGGGAGAGCACCUGUGAGGAGCAGCCGACAGCCCCUACCUACAGGGUCUGCUCAGGCUCUGAGAACAGCUUCCUCGAGUUUCCCACUGCAAGAUGUGGAAUGAGGUGAUGAUGAUGAUGUAAGCUGUGGGUUUGCUUGGGAUGGGAUGUGUGUUACUUUGGAUGAGGGAUCUAUUUCAACACUACCAUGUGGAAUUCAGUGCUAGACAGAGAGCAUGAUCUGCAGGAGGCACGGAGGCCAAGUGUUCACGUGCCAGCAGGCUCCAGAAACACGGUUGUUUCUAACUGGGGUUCAAGUUAAACUUCCUAUAUGAAUUCAUUGUUGGGCCACAAACCUGCCUAAGAGAACGGUAAUCCCAAGCUGAGGUUUUGCAGCUUUUCUCAAAGCGUGUGGAUUCUCCGGCCACAGGGGUCAUGGUCACGGGCAGACCCUGCCCUUUGCAAUGUGUAACAGCGUCGUGCCAGACUUUUUUUUUUUUAAUUGAAUUUGUUUUUUGUUCAGUGUGAGGUUCAAAAGCAUACCUGUUUAAAAGAUUCUUCAUGUAUGUGUAUGUAUUUUAUUGUAAGAUGAAACAAUUUUAAGAAGAAUAAAGGCAAAGUUUGCAGUUCUGGAAGUUAAAAAUAUAAAA